UAUGCUGUUUGAGUGCAGCAUAAGUCUGAGUGGAAGUCAUGUCAUUUUUAUGAUACAGACUGCAUUUAGCAUAGAUCCAUGUGAUGGAUUCAUCACAAGUAACAGGCACCAAUUGAUGCUUUGUCCAAAGAUAAUAAACAACAUUGCAGAGCAGAGAGUGCAUUUGUACUCUCUGUAGGCUUGGAACCACAGUGAAAUGGAGAAAUUCAGGAGCAGUUCAAAAUCCCUGAUGAUGCAUGAAAGCCAGCCACCACCUGAGCAUCAAGUCCAUGCAGCUGAACAAUCUGUUGCUCCCCAGUCUGCAACACAUGAAUUUCAGGACAGAGGUCCUGACAAGCCAGGUCAAGAUGGAUAUGCCCAGAGUCAAAGAAGAAUGUUAAAAGAAUUCCAAAGCAGAUACCUAGCAAGGAAGUUUUUCUAUCUGUGGGCAAAAAUGACAUUUGGACAAGUUCUCCCUUCCAAAGCCAGAUGUUUUUAUGAUCAGAAGAUUCUUCAGAAAACUUUUGGAGAGUGGAAGGAGCAGUGGACACUUUGCAGAGAAAGGAAGCUCAGCCUCAGAGCAGAUAACCAUUACAGGAAUUUACUCCUUAAUUUGAUAUUCAAGGCUUGGAGAGCCUAUGUAUGCCAACAGCAAGGAAAGAGGAGCAAAUACUAUGUUGCAGAGUCUUAUGCAAAGAGGCAAACUCUGCUCAGGACCUGGCAGCACUGGCUGGUCUAUGUUGAUGUUCAAAGGACAAAACAUGGGAUGCAGUCUGUGGCACUGGCGUUCAGGAGAAGAAGCUGUUUGCGCAUUUCAUGGGCAGUGUGGAGAAGACAAUACUACCAGAAAUGCUCUGGACAUAAAAUGAAUAUUUUGGCUUUGCAGCAUUGGGCCCAGAGCCUGCAAUUUCGAGCUUGGUUGCAGUGGCGAGAGCUGUAUUUACACACCCAGAAUGAGAAGCAAAAGGACACCAGGGCAGUAACUCACCAUCAGCACUGGGAAUUGAGGAGAUGCAUGGGAGCAUGGCUGGGAUACCUGAACCUCCACAGAGUAAAGAAACGCCAGAAUGAGCUGGCCCAAGAGUUUCACCGAAGCAGGACGCUCCGGAGGUGCUUCUCUGAUUGGCAGCUGUCAUGGAAGUGCAGGAGAAGAAUGCGUGAUCACAGAAGUGACCUGGAAAAACAAGCAACGAGGAUUGCUCUAUGGAGAGUCUUUGCACACUGGAAGCAUUAUGUUGUGCUGUGUGUGGAAGAGGCUCAGCAGUGUGAGCUGGCUGAAAAGCAUUACAAGUGUCACCUGUUGGAACUUGGCCUGAAGGGUCUUCGGCAGAAUGUCCUGGACACUCGUCUUCAGCAAAUGAGAACAAAUCUGUCAUCCUGUCAGCAUCAAGAUACAGUGCUGCAGAAGUACUGGAACCGUUGGAAGUCCCGUUUGGAAGAGAAGGAGGAAGAACAGCAUCAGGCCUUAACAUCAGUGGCUCAUGCCCAUUACAGGAGGGUGUUGAUGAGACAGGUAUUUGACACAUGGCUGCUGAAGGUCUGCAAGCUGCAAGGAUAUCGAAUGGGAGAGAAGAGGGCUGUCCUCCAUUUCGAAAGGCAGCUCUUGCGCUGCUGCUGGUCCUGCUGGCACAGAAGAGCAGCUGCACGUUUGGAGGAGCAGGAGGGCUUGGUUCGUGCAGGAGAUCACUACAGAAAGCAGCUGCUGCUAAAGGCCUUCUGUCUGUGGAAACAAAAGACUCAGGAGAGAGAAACAGAGAGGCUCAAGGAGACAGAAGCAUUAAGAUUUCACUGUUCAAAGUGUCUACAGCAGACUUGGAACAAGUGGAGAGAGUAUGUGGGACAUCAGCGUGAGAAAUGGAGGAAGCUGGUGCAAGCAGAUCUGCACUAUCAACAUGUGUUGCUGGGCAAGACCUUGGCAGCUUGGAAGAUUUACCAACAAAAUAUACAGUGCAUUCUGUAUCAAGUAGCUGAGAAGGAGAAACAGCACACUCAACUGCUGCUGCGACAGGUGCUGUGUACGUGGAGAGAAAAUGCUCUUGCUCUUAUACAUGAAUCUGAGGCAACUACACGGGCAGAUGAGCACUACAGGAGAGCAAUCCUGUCAAAGGUGCUGCUGCAGUGGAGAGACGCUGCCUGGCUACAAGCCUGUCACCGCCAUCUGAAGGUGACAGCUGUGGUGGAGGCCAGAAAACAUUUGGAUUUAGUGCAUUUACAGAGCCUGUUUUUGCACUGGAAGGAAUUAAUGAGGGAGUCUCUGAUGCUGAAGGCUCAGCACCACAGGGCAGCACAGCACCACCAGCAGCACCUGCUCCAGAAGUACCUGGUGAAAUGGAAAAAUUAUCAUCAGCAGUGUCUUGGCAAAAAGCUGCUGCAGAGAAGGGGAGAUGAACUAAUGACUCGUAGACUUUGCUCUGCUUCCUUCUCUUGCUGGAAAACUCGGCUGUUGCAGCAGCAAUGGGAAAAGCAGAAGACAGUGCAAGCAUUGUGGCACUGGUCCCUUUCAGUGCAGAGAAAGGUAUUUGAUGCUUGGCUCAGUUUUGCCAAGGGGCAGCAGAAGAAGAAAAAUGGCAUUGAAAAGGUCACAGGAGUUCAUCACACAACUCCUUUGAGAGAGGGUGUAACCCGUGCCUUGAGAAACACUGCUGGCAUCAAACAGCUGCAGGGACAGCUCCAUACCCAGCCCCAGCUGGAGAAGCAAGUGACAUUUAAAAAGCCUGAUGUUAGUCCUGAGACAAGAGGACAUUCAUCAGAGGAAGAGCCGUGGCCUUCAAAAUGCAGACAUCUACCACUUCACCCUGCUGAGGGGGGCUCAGUUCUGCGUGGCCUAAAUGCCAUUCAACGAGCCAGGUUACCACCAUGGAAGCCUGACUUCCCUCUGGAAUCUCUAGAAAGCAAGGAACUGCUGGGACCUCCUUUUACUAGGUCAGAGGUGCCCUUUCAGCAAACAUCUAUGAAUAAAUGUCCUGCACAGACUGGGAAUUUAAUGCUGACACCUCAUGUGGAAGAAAGUGCCUGUAAAUGUCUAUCUCAGAUGGACAAUGCUGCUCAUCCCCAUCCUUCUCUCACUUGUGCUUCUCUCCCACCGUGGACACAGGACAUGCACCGAGCUGGGCAGGGGCCAGAGCUGUGGUGUCCUGCAUCUUUCAUGUCCCACAUGAAAGCUGGCUCAGAAGAGAGAGGAAGUCAGCCUGUGAAUGGUCACAAAGGAGCCCAUUCCCAAGACUCUCAACAGAAUUCCGUGGAGAAGAAGUUGCCACCAAAUUUGCAGCCACAUUUGCUGUCACCUGAAGAGUUGGUGGGAAAAGGGAGUCACCAGACUGCAGAUGAAGGGGAAAAGGAACACAGUUCCAGAGAAGAAAUGAUGUUGGAGAGAAAGGUGGAAGUUGAACUCCAGCAUAUCCGGCAGCAGAUGCAGUAUUACUACAGCAGGAAGCAGGAACUCAAGUGCUGUCAGCAGCAGGCAGAGAUUCUGCAGCAGUGGCUGGAAAUGAGCAUGCAACGAGGAGCCCAAGAUGGUGUGCAAGGAGUUCAGGAAGAAUUGGGUCAGUUGCAGGUGAGGAUCAACACUCUGACCAAAGCACAGCUGGCUGAGAGACAUCAUGUGCAGGCCCUGCUUGCCCGCCUGCGAGAUAUCCAGCUUGCCCUGGAUCUGUAGUGCACCUUCCAACUUCCCAGCUCAGUGUUUUGUUAUGCUGUACCAACCUCAACCAUUAACACCAGAAAGGUGCCUGCUAUGAUCCUGCUCACCUGGUCAAAGUAGAUGCGGAUGGAGCCCACGUUUGUUGCUCCUACAGCUGUUAAUGAGAAGAAGCCAUGUUUCCAGUCACCUGUAAGGACAACCCGUUCAUUGUGGCAGAACAGUUCCUUGAUCCAGCGAGCAACUCCAGGAUUGACAGACAUCAGAGAGCCUGAAGGAGUGAGAAAAUAUUCAGGUUAGGUUGUCUGGUUUGUAGCAAUAUUGUAAUGCCACUCAGAUGAUGUUUUCAGUGUAACUGGAGCUGAUCCAGUAAACAACUCUGUCAGUUAUUUUCAAGAAGAGAGGCAAGUGCCAGGCAGAGCAAAUGAAAGACAAGUCUGUACUGAAAACAAAGGAUGUCACAGAAGGAUGUGUGUGGUCUGUCAAUCUAUCUCUCAGGGUGUUUGAAACCAAAUCCAAAUACUAGGGUAUUACUAGAUACCAAAAAGUAAAAUAUUUUUAUCUGCAAGAACAUCCAAUCCCAGCUCCAGUAGUGUGACUGUUCAGUUGCAUUUUUUUUUGCCAAGCACAAGAAGAGAUCAUACUUCGGGAUACUGUUUGGUGUCAUCUGCAGAACUGUCUAUAUUUCAGGUGCAAACUGAAUCAACAGUGUUUGGGAACAAAUCAGGUCACCGUGAAUCAAGGGGUACUUCAAAGAACUCAAACAGUUUGAAUACAAUAUUACUGUUUUCACCAUUUUUAUAUGAUUUGCUCUGGUAAAUAUACAGCUGCAAAAGUCA